UCUCUCUCUCUCUCUCGCUUUCCUCCCAAGUUCUCCGCUCCCUCUCCCUCUUGAAUCCGAAGGAGCCUCCCGAUUGGGCGCCGGGCCUGGCGCACGUCACUCAGGCCGUGACGUGUAGUCUUCCUGUUUCCUUCAGCUGUGUCUUAAAGUAAAUCUUGUUGUGGUGCGGAGCCCUCAGCUGAGCGCGGCUGCUCGGCUGCCUGCAGAAAGGAGCGACAAUUGCAGCCGGGGAGAGAGAGGAGAGCGGCGCAGAAGAGCUGGGUCCUCCCGCCUCUGUUCUCUCUCUCUUUCUCUCUCUUUCUCUUUCUCUCUCUCUCUCCUGCGCAUUCAGCCGUCCUCUCCCAGGCACCCUGGCACGCUCCCUCGCAGCCUCCUUUGGCCAAUUGCGAUCCCGGUCGGCGGCAAGACCUCGGGGCCGUGCCUUGGCGUGAGCGCGUGGGCGAGCGCGUUGUCUUCCCUCUCUCUCUGCUUCUCUCUCUCUCUCCCUUUCUCUCUCUCUCUCUCUCUCUCGCCUUCUAUCUAGCCGGAGGGGGAGGGGGGAAGAGAGAGAGAGGGGGAGAGGAGGGAGAGGGGGCUCAGUUUCAUCGCCUUUGCAACUGAGGUCCCAGGAUUCUUGAGCUGUGCCCAGCUGACAAGCUUUUGAAGAUGGCACAAUAACAGUUCAGUGAUGCCUGACCAUGACAGCACAGCCCUCUUAAGCAGGCAGACCAAGAGAAGAAGAGUUGACAUUGGAGUGAAAAGGACAGUAGGGACAGCAUCUGCAUUUUUUGCAAAGACGAGAGCAUCAUUUUUUAGUGCCAUGAAUCCCCAAGGUUCCGAGCAGGAUGUUGAGUAUUCAGUGGUGCAGCAUGCAGAUGGGGAGAAGUCAAAUGUGCUCCGUAAGCUGCUGAAGAGGGCGAACUCAUAUGAAGAUGCCAUGAUGCCUUUUCCAGGAGCAACCAUAAUUUCCCAGCUGUUGAAAAAUAACAUGAACAAAAAUGGUGGCACCGAGCCCAGUUUUCAAGCCAGUGGUCUCUCCAGCGCAGGCUCAGAAGUGCAUCAGGAGGAUGUGUGCAGCAACUCUUCAAGAGACAGCCCCCAAGAGUGUCUUUCCCCUUUUGGCAGGCCUACGAUGAGCCAGUUCGAUAUGGAUCGGUUAUGUGAUGAGCACCUGAGAGCUAAGCGUGCCCGGGUUGAGAAUAUCAUUCGAGGGAUGAGCCAUUCCCCAAGCGUGGCAUUAAGGGGCAAUGAAAAUGAAAGAGAGAUGGCUCCGCAGUCUGUGAGCCCCCGAGAAAGUUACCGAGAAAAUAAACGCAAGCAAAAGCUGCCUCAACAGCAGCAGCAGAGUUUCCAGCAGCUGGUUUCAGCAAGGAAAGAACAGAAGCGAGAGGAGCGCAGACAGCUGAAACAGCAGCUGGAGGACAUGCAGAAACAGCUGCGCCAGCUGCAGGAAAAGUUCUACCAAAUCUAUGACAGCACAGAUUCUGAAAAUGAUGAAGAUCCUGGUAACCUGUCUGAAGAUAGCCUACGUUCAGAAAUGCUAGAUGCAAGAGCAAGGGAUUCUGUGGGCAGGUCGGAUAACGAAAUGUGCGAGUUGGACCCAGGGCAGUUCAUUGACCGUGCACGUGCCCUGAUCAGGGAACAGGAGAUAGCUGAAAACAAACCCAGGAAGGAACGCCCCAAAGAGAAAGACCAUGGGCCAAACUCUUCCCACCCAGAAGGCAAACACCUAGCUGAGACCCUGAAGCAGGAAUUGAACACUGCCAUGUCUCAGGUUGUGGACACAGUGGUCAAAAUUUUUUCCUCUAAGCCUGCCCGCCAACUUCCUCAGGUCUUCCCACCUCUUCAGAUCCCCCAAGCAAGAUUUGCUGUGAAUGGGGAGAACCACAACUUCCACACGGCCAACCAGCGCCUCCAGUGCUUUGGUGAUGUCAUCAUUCCAAACCCGCUUGACACCUUUGGCAAUAUGCCACUGCCUAAUUCCACAGACCAAACAGAAGCACUGCCCCUAGUUGUCCGCAAAAAUUCAUCCGACCAGUCUGCCUCCGCUCCUCCUCCUGGCAGCCACCACCCUGUGCUCCACCAGUCACCGCUGUCUGCUGCCCCUGGUUUCACCUCCUCUUCUUUCCGCCAUCCCUUUCCACUUCCCCUUAUGGCAUACCCAUUUCAAAACCCACUUGGUGCACCUUCUGCUGCCUUUCCAGGGAAGGACAGAGCUUCCCCAGAAUCCUUAGAUCUAACAAGGGAGACCACAAGUCUGAGGACCAAGAUGUCAUCACACCAUAUGAACCAUCACCCUUGCUCACCAGCACACCCACCCAACACUGCUGAAAGCCUCUCUAUAUCUCUCAUCAAGUCUGAGUGUGGUGAUCUACAAGAUAUUUCUGAAAUUUCACCGUACUCGGGGAGCGCAAUGCAGGAAGGUCUCUCGCCAAACCACUUGAAAAAGGCUAAGCUCAUGUUCUUUUAUACCCGGUACCCAAGUUCCAAUAUGCUGAAAACAUACUUUGCAGAUGUAAAGCAUCAUUCAUCCAGAAGAAGCCCAAAGUGCUUUUCAAACAGCCAAUAUAGGGACCAUUCACCCACCACUGAAAGGCAGCCACUUCCGUGGUGGAAGGCAACAGCCAUUCGGGGUCAGCAACAUCACACACCAGUAGAUUUCAACAGAUGCAUUACCUCUCAGCUCAUCAAGUGGUUUAGCAAUUUCCGUGAGUUCUACUACAUUCAGAUGGAGAAGUAUGCCCGCCAAGCCAUCAACGAUGGUGUAACAAGCACUGAAGAGCUGUCUAUAACCAGAGACUGUGAGCUGUACAGGGCCCUCAACAUGCACUAUAAUAAAGCAAAUGACUUUGAGGUUCCAGAGAGAUUCCUGGAAGUGGCUCAGAUCACAUUACGAGAGUUUUUCAAUGCCAUUAUCGCAGGCAAAGAUGUUGAUCCUUCCUGGAAGAAGGCCAUAUACAAGGUCAUCUGUAAGCUGGACAGUGAAGUUCCUGAGAUUUUCAAAUCCCCAAACUGCCUACAAGAGCUUCUCCAUGAGUAGAAAUUUUAAACACUAUUUAUGAAUGUAUAAAAAGUAGCAGAACCCCCCUUUUUGAUGCCCAAGUUGUGUGUGUGCCUGUGUGCGUGUGUGUACGUCUAUAUUCAUUUCAUAUACAUAUAAUAUAUGUAUAUGAAAUCAGAUCAUAAUCCCUUGUGGUUUUUUCUUAGAGCGGUAAAAAGUGGAUAAUUAUUUUAACUCCAGCUUUUGUUUUACUUUUAUCCAUGACUUAACAUUUCACAGGGGGAGGAAUAGUUUACUUCACCCCAACAUAUUACCCUUGUAUCCCUGGGAGAAGAAUUUUUUUUCAGUGUGUGCAAGUCUGUUUUAGCAAGUUUAGGACCAUUUUGCUCUAACAUUGCAGUGCAGUUCUACAGACCACAAUUUCCAAAGUUUUCAUUUAAGCAUAUGUGAUCAUUUUAGUUAUUCAAACAAAAUAAAAAUCCACAUAAAUCUUUAAAAUUUUACUUUUCAAGGACACAUGUAUAACCUGAAUUUUCCCCCUCCUUUUCAGUGUCUUGUAUGCCGCUGCAAACAUACUGGUAUUUAACAAUGCCAUGAACCAUGCGCUUUAUCUUAAUCAAUCCUAGGAACCACUAUCUCUGCAUUUUGGAAAGGUUGGGAAGGAAGGAGGCACUGUCUCUGUAUGUCUUAAGGAUCAUUACAGCCCAGAAAUGGGUUUAUUUUAGAUUUGGUCCAGAUUCUAGAGAAGUCUUGAUCCAAAUUAGAUCAAGGCAGUAAGGUUGGAAACCCAAAGGUUUUGAAGUUCACCACAUCACUGCUUACCUUCCUUUUGCCCUUUCAAGCAAAGAAUACUGCAAGUCCAGUUCUUUAGCUACAUAUUUCCCCUAGGGCUGUUUUUGUGGCAACCAACUUGAUCUACUUAGAAAAAAGAAGCAAAAAGAAAAAAAGCAAAUUGCUUCUCUUAAGGACUUCAGGGGUAGCAUUAAUUUUUAAUUGGUUGUAGGACCUCCAUUGGAUUUCCAGCUAUUUCCAAUUUUCUUUCCGAGAGGGGUAUUUUGGGCAGCCUGUUUCUAGCCCAGUUUCAGCCCUCAAUGAUCCAAUUUAAAGAUCCAUUUUAAAUCACAUUAAUUUGCUGGUAGAUUAUGUGAUAAAACUCUCCCAUUGAAAUCAAUGGGACCUUAAGGUUGUAUCCUAUGUACAAUGUAUGGUUAAAUUCAUGGAAUUUAGUCAUAUUGAAUUUAGUACUAGCUAUCUAUAGAACACAUCCAUUUAAUGUUGAAAUUUGGCUGGAGUGUGUUGUUACAAAUUAUCACACUGAAUAGUCAGGUCUGGAGCCAUGUUCUAAAUGAAGUUUUUAUUAAACUAUAUUCUUCUCCCUUUACCCACAAGCCCUUAGGUGGUGUAUAUAUUUGAUAUUUCAUAUUUUUACCUGGAAAACAAGUGUUUUGAAUUUACCUAUACUUCUGGGCUACAUUGUAAGAUAUCUAUACUUUAUUUUUAAAUUACUGAGGCAAAAAAUGAAAAAAAAACCCUUUAAAAUGACAUCAUCUCAAUGUAAAAGAAACUUUUUUGCAUAAUGAAAAUCGAAUAGGCAUUUUAUAAAAAUAUUGUUUCAUGAUAUAAACUAGGCACAAUAUAGAAAGAGAGCACAACUGUGGAGAAAAUUUGGCAUACUGUGUUUCACUGAUGCCGAUGGAACAUAAGUGGUUAACCAUGCUUGCUAUCUUACUGGGACUUAAGCAUGCUUAACUAGCUCUGGAUUAUGCCUAUAAAUCAUGCAGAAACUUUAUUCCUGUCCCACUGGCUAGGAAAGCAGAAGCUAGCCACUUUUAUUAUUUCCUCAAAUAUAAGUGAUUCAUUAACAAUGAAUGAAACAAAUUGAACAACUUCUCUUCUACAACAAAAUUAGCAGAAAGCAAAACAUGAAAAUAAUACAUUAGAUAAGAAAGAAUUGGACUGAUCCAUUUUUUAAAAAAUCAUCUCAGAACAGCUUUUUGCAAGGACCUUAUGAAUAACCGCCACCUAAACUAAUUGAAUCCUGAUCAAAAUAUGAUUUAUAUAGGUCUCUGGAUUAAUGUCAAUGUGAUGCUGUGCAUUUAGCUGUCCCUGAAAAUGGCAGCCAUGAAAAUAGUUCUGUAUCCCUCCAUAAAGUCUACUAGAAUUCAGUACUGAGUGCCCUUGGUGGGCAGUGGUUCCUUACCCAUGGUCAAUGGCAUGGGUUUGGGAUAUGCAAACUGUCACAACACUAAAAUAUGGUAAAUUCUUCUUGGCGUUGGUUAUAUGACUAAUAUGCAAGGCUGCCAUUUUCAGCAAUGAGUGGGUAUUUAGCACAUAGAGGCAGCUCAAAUUUUUGACAUUUACAAAAACAGAAUACACAUGAAUGCAGUCCAAGAUGAAAUUUCUCUUCAAGGUGACCAAAACCAAGUUUACUUUACAGUGCAAAAUAGUAAUAAGAUUUGUAUGAGUCCAUCUAGAAUGAGUUGAUAUUCUGCCAGAUUGGGUGCCUGUUGCUAGUUUUUAUGCUUUUUCCCCAAUGGUUUCCUUUUUCUUUCCUUCCUUCCUUUUUUUUUUUUUUGCGAUGGUAUAGUGUCUAGUGUUUUCUGAUAUGCUAUGGCACUAUGUAUUUGUUUUCUCUGUUGUUUUUUGUACAGAUGCAGUAAGAAUUUAUUGUUAACUGGACUAGCAUUUUACAUUACUGACCUUUUCCCUUUACAAUUUGAUAACACUUGAUAGACAAUGCAUUUGCUUUACAGUUUAGAAGGAUAUUUUUUAAACAAUACCCCCUCUCUUAUUUUUCUUUUUCCUGGAUCUUGAUUUUUUUUUUAAAAAAUAAAUACAAAAUAUAUUUUGACUUUAGAGAGUGAAAGUUUACCCCAGGUGGCAUUACUAUAAAACAAAAAGCUGACCUAGUAAUUGCAGUGAUGUACAAAUACUGUAGGAUAGAUGGUUGAAGGUAGUUAUUGUCAUGAAAAGCCUCAAAACCUGAUGAUUAAAAAAACCCACUAAAGCAGCCAAGAGUGAAAUCCAGUGACCCCUUUCUGCAUGCAUAAACAGGUUUUCUGCAUGCCUGGUGGGGAUUUUCUUGUUUCAAGACGUUUGCUCAAGAAAGUAAGCAAGACACAUCCAGAAGAUAUAUACUAUAUCCAAAACCCAAUGGGGGGCGGGGGGUUCAUACUGUAGCCUAAUACACUAUUGUUGAUCAGGCACAGUUUAUUAUUCCAGGAACUAACAGAAGACCUACAUUCUCACACUUCUCAUUCUGAAUUUUCAUACUUCAGUCUGGGGAUAUUCAAACUACAACUUGUUAAAUCUGAAAUGGAGAGCUGUAGUUUCAUCAUUGUUUUCUACCUGAAAUAAUAAUUUGAUCCAUUUUUUGUUAAAUAAAUCAAUAUUAGAUCAGGGUUCUGUCUUUCAGAGGUAAAUUGUGGUUUAAAUAGAUCAAUAUCAAAGCACCAAAGAUGGUGUACACAGAGAGACACAUCCAAAGAGAUAUCUAGAGAAUGUGCAGUUCCAAAGCUCAUUCACAAAUUAAUAAAACUUGUAUCAAAUACCUAAACCAGA